GUAUAUAAAUGGAAUGUACGAGAGAGAUACCGUCAAAUAAACCGAGAGAAUAGAAGAUAAUGGAAAAAGAAAAUGAAAGAAAUGGUCUACCCUGCGUUGCAGACAUAUCAGUAUUACCAGAGGGAUGCAUAUCGGACAUAGUUUCACUGACAACUCCUAAGGAUGCGUGCACCGCAUGUGCGGUUUCUCCUAUAUUCCGUGCGGCUGCCGAGUCCAACGCUGUCUGGGAGAGGUUCUUGCCGUCCGAUUAUCAAGCCAUCAUUUCUCAAUCAUCAUCAUCAUUGGAUUCCUUGAAUUUCUCUUCAAAGAAACAUCUCUACCUCAGUCUCUCCGAUAACCCCAUCUUAAUCGAUGACAAUAGAAAGCAGUGCUUUUUCUUGGACAAAUUGAGUGGUAAGAAAUGUUACCUCCUUUCUGCAAGGGACUUGUGCAUUAUAUGGGGUGACACUCCUCAGUAUUGGAGAUGGGUUUCUCAAUCUGAAUCCAGGUUCUCGGAGGUAGCUGAACUUAAUUAUGUGUGGUGGUUUGACAUCCGUGGCAAGAUAAGCACUUCCAUGCUGUCUCGAAAAACAAACUAUGCUGCUUACCUUGUGUUCAAGUUGAGGAGGAGAGCCUCUGGAUUCAACCCUCCUCCAAAGGCUUCAGUUGGUACUACUGGAGGAGUUGAAGAUUACAAACAAACUGUUCGUUUGGGCCUGCCUGCCAGGGAGCGAAGGCAGCAACACCAGAUUGUACCGUCGCUGCCACAGCAGCACAAUUCGCAUCCAAAGCAAAGAAAAGAUGGAUGGUUAGAAAUUAAGUUGGGUGAGUUUUUCAAUGAGGGAGGAGAAGAUGAUCAACUGCAGAUUAGACUUAUGGAGGUAGAAGCUGGUAUCGUGAAGUCUGGCCUUAUUGUUGAAGGGAUCGAGAUCAGGCCAACAAAGGGUUGAUCAAAAUAGUUUUUUUUUUUUUUUUUUUUUUUUUUU